UCGAAGUAUUUUUGUUGCCAAAAUCUGGUCGGUUCCUCUGAAGCAUUCAAAAGACCUGUGCAUUCAAGUGCUGAUAAUGGAGAUCUCUCUGGAAGAUCGGUGCAUUGUGAUAGUCAGGAGCUUCAUCACCGCCUAUUUUGGACAUGUUCCAGUACAGUCUCCCAUUUGGAACAAUCUGCACGAUCUUUGUAUCAAAUAUUUCGCGUACGCCGCUCACACCCAACAUGACUUGAAGGCCACAAGAGAUUGUUUGUCAAGUCAAUUGACAGAUGUUGUGGAACACCAUGAGCUAACUCGAUUCCCAGUGUCACCCAAAUUGAAAUCAGAGGUCGCCCAUUGGAUGAAAAGGGUUCUGGAUGGUGACACUACCUCAAACGGUAAUAUCGAGUUCGAAGAACCCGAGUACAUCUUCAAGAGCUUCGAGCGAAAUCACUUGGAAUAUGUGACACUUCUGGAGGAGAAUCGAAACAUUAUUGGUCAUGGAACCACAGGACUGACCUCUUGGCAAGGGGCCAUGUUUCUUACGGAUUGGUUGACCAAAUUCACCUCAUUCCUAACGAACCAACGUGUGAUAGAGCUGGGAUCUGGAUCCGGAUUGUUAGGACUCUCCUUGCUCCGAUCGUUUGGCAUGGAAUCUUUCAUCUUCACGGAUUGCCAUGUCAAAGUCAUCAAUGCAAUUAUCAAUAACCUUCAACUUAACUUCCCCUCAGAUUCAUCCACCAAAGACUUGGAUCCAGCCGAGCUCUUGGAACAAACCCAAAUUGGCCCUCAUUACGUCAUCCCCGAGGAGAAAAUACGUUCCGUCAGUUACCAUCAAAGGAUUGGUCACUGCUCAACGGCGGUUCAACAUUUGGACUGGUUGAAAUAUGACGUGUCUAGCUUGCCCAAAGUGGAUGUGAUCCUGGGAUCAGACAUUGUCUACGAACGAGCGUUUUUACCUCCAUUGUGUGGAUUGAUCCAAGAUCUGCUCAAACUGAGCGAUGCCAUGGAUCCGACAGCUUAUAUCGCUUGUACAGAAAGAAGCUUCACGACACUAGAUUGCUUCAAUGAUGAGUUAAAAAAGCAUGGAUUGAGUUAUGCCAUUAUUUCCAAGGGUUCCUAUAGUCCGACUGAGACAAUUGUCAAUUCGGAUGUGAGUCACCAAGCAACGCGUUUAUAUCGAAUCAAGUUGACCGGAAAUCUACCUCAACCCGAAAGAGGAUUAUUCUAAUCGUAAACUAUUAGCCGAAUAUAACUGGAUACAAGUAACAACA